GGUCUAGCUGUGCCUCACUGAGCAGUGAGUAUGCACUGCUCAGUGGUCACUUUCCUUACUCUUUUCGUCACCUUAGUCAACUUAGGCAUCCACCGAAUCCCAUCCCACUACCCACCCGGUCCGUCCCAAUGGGCUGGGCCCCACUGGCCAUCGCUGUUCUGACAGCAGCUCUGAUUCCUCAGCUAGUGGCAUCCUCUCCCAUCGAGAGCGUGCAGCCCAACUCCACGUUAGACGUCCUUCGCGAGUGCCGUCACGACUCUACAGCUGUUCACUGCGACCUCAAGGAUUGGCCAAACAGACAGGUCACCCUAUCGGCAAAGUCCCUGCCAGAGCACACCAGGCGUGUCACUAUAGAAAACGUCAAGGAGCUAGUAAUUGAAGCAAACGCCAUCACCUCUCUGGCCCACCUGGAAGUCAUUCAACUCCAUAACAUCGGUACGUUGACUCUCUUGACGCGCUCUCUUGCACGCGACAGAGAAACCGGCCCAAUGGAUCUGCUAAUUAACGACGUGCAGAACCUCGAGGUGCACAAGGAGACGUUUUCAAAAUGGCGAAACCAAUCUAAGGUCCAUAUCAGCGGUGUAGAAAACUGUCAAUUGCUCGACAUGGCCUUUGCAUCAACGCAUCUUCGUUCUCUGUCCAUUCAGAAAGUAACUAGCCUGGAUAUCAAGCAAGGCGCCUUCAGUGCAGCUUCCUCUAUCGACAACAUGAGGAUGACGGAGAUAGAAUCUUUGUCCAUCUCUACAGGAGCAGUCACAUCCAAUGUCACUCUGAAAACAAUGAAAAUGGCAGACAUCGAUGCCCUGUCGUUGCAACCGGGGGCAUUCGCACAUGGUUCAACGAUUCACGAAGUAAAUAUAAAACGAGUGCCGAACCUCCAUAUUGCCUCAGGUGGAAUCAAUUCGAUCAUAGACAACGUUAAGCUGAGCGAGGUUAGCAUGGAAGCUUGUGAGGGACACACUUUCGGUAGCUCGAUGAAGUCACUUGCAAUGGUUUCAUCGCAUAUCAACCGGACAAAAACCAACUGUAUUUCGGCCGUGAAGACCAAACUGCUUCUGGAGGCCUGUCAGAUCGAUCUCGUCGAGCCUCUGGCAAUUCAUGGAGCAAUCGAACUUGUCGAAAUCAGGAGCAGUGACUUCGGGAUUAUUGACAGAGAAGGGCUGAGGGUGAACGUAGCAAAGCUAUCCGUCGAAGAGAGCGCUUUUGAUAAAGUGUCUGAUCGGGCACUGGCUGUCCACGCUACAGAACAAAUCGAUUUCAAGGACUGCAACAUCAAUAUCUUGCAAAAUAAUGCUUUUGACCUCCUUCGCAUGAAAGCAGACGCCCAAGAACAAAUCAUAUUGGACAAUCUCAAGAUCAAGACACCCGAGGAGGGAUCUUUGCGAUUCACCCGCAGGCAAAACAUCCUGAUACAGCAGCUUGAGAUCGGUAUUCCGUGCAAUUGUCCUAUGGCAGAUGUAGCGACAGCACUAGGGCUGGGCGAUGAGGAACACGGCAAUAAUGAUGGCAUCAGAAGGCUGCCUCUUCAGAUCAGUUGUGAGCACAACGGUAGCUGGCCCACUUUGGCUGAGUACCAACUACAGUUUUGUCCGGACUUGCCAGCUGCUCCGUCGACCACCACUGCUCUGCCGACUACCAGUGUCCUCGCCACAACCAUCAGCAUGCCCAGAGAGGACAGGCCAACGCUUCAGCCUCAGAGCAGCGCCGGAGAUUCCCCAGAGCAGGGCCCUCAAAGGGCUUCUCACACAAUGCACCAGCACGGAGAUUCCCCGGAUCAGGUCCAGACCGGCAGCUCCCACAAUCUGAUCCUGAUCCUCACCACCACUUGUGCCGUCCUGAUUGUGCUAGUCGUCAUCGCCUUAUUUGCCCGCCGUCACUUUGGACACUUGCCGCGGCACCCAUCUACUCCAGGGCGAAAUUUCUGGCGACGUAUUUUUACCAGAGAUCAGCAGACGAGCGGAUCUUCCCAGCCCCUCACAAUCAGCGCACCGAUCCUUGGCGUAACCGGACCAGCCUGCAGCACGCCCCACCAGGCAUCAGUCCAGAGUGUCACAGACAGCCAGGCCAGUACUGGACCCACCGAGUCACACACCAGCCGAGGGACGGUUCAGGGGACUGACUCGCCAGGCAUUCAUCUCCUGUCUCUAGAAGCCCAGGGAGGAGCUCACGGUGGUUCGUGGCAGGAGCCGCGGUAUUACGUGGAUAUCCCCGUCGACAUCAGACCGCCCAGUCAGCGACUCGUGCGGCCAAGACCAGCUCGGACGCACCGUUCAGGGGGAGGCGCACGUGAGAGCAGCCGUGCGCGGAGCGAGCGACGUGACUGGGAAAGCUACCAGAUGAAUCGGCAGAAGGACCCGCGAAUCCAACAGCUGGCGCGCGACCCGCGCUGGGCGCGCGGCGAGAUCCUGCUGGACCCGGAGUUUUAGGGACAGCUGAUCAGAUACCUAUGUAAAGUUGCGGUAGGUAGCAUGGGCUGUAAUUACGAGCUGUGUGUCAAAUAGAACUGCUGCUAAAUCACGUAGCGAUUGUGCAAUGUGAAGUACAAAAUUCAAACAGGGUCAGUCAGAAUCGGCCGUGAUGCCUAUUGGCCUGACACGCGGGUUAAGGGUGCUUGAGUGUGCUUUGGUUACGUAACCAAAUCAAUGUUUAGUCUAUCUAUUGGUGCUUUGUUAGAUAUUACCCAGUCAACAAAACUUCUAUUAAAGCAAUGCAACAAUGCUGUGAUAUUGAUGUUGAAAGUCAAUGGGUCAUUACCUAAGUACUUUUUGUGUUUUGAGAGAUGUGUCGAUCGAAUACGAGUGCCUGUGCAUCGUAAUUCUUACGGUAGGUAUACCUAUUUCAUAGUUAUGCAAUGUAAUUGGCUUGCGUUAAGAUGCAGAAUGUAUAAAUGAAUGAA